AUGAAUCAGCUCUCAAAGGAAAACCUCAACUUGGUUCGACUGAUCAACAGACUAGAGAGAAACCCGAGCUUGCAAAUCAAGAAACCCAGGAUGGACGACAGCCAUGAGCUCAACGAGGCCAAGGAAGACCAAGCGGGGCACGAGGAAUUCGAUCAACAUCGUUAUUGGGAACUCAAAGGCUUAGAGACUACUAUUCGACAUGCGAGAUCCAUUCUGGAUACGAUCAAUUCCAAUCCAAACACCUUUAAAACAGUCAGCCAAAUCCAAGAUCCAAUCGAAUUGAGGAGUAAGCUUGAACGAAUUCAAGAUCGUAUCGACGUUGCCUUAAAAACUUGUCCAGCGCCUACGGUCACGAAACUGACGCCGUCGCGUCCAUCGACAGUGAUUUACGAGAUCAAGGCACCGGAAUUGCCAUCAAUGCCGAAUAAAAGAUCCCGAUCAUUAGACGAACAGGAGAAUCAAUCAAAGGAGAUAGAAAAGGAAGAAGUGAAAAAAGAGAGUGAAUCUGAUCGCGAAGAAACAAGAGCUGAGACAACAUUUAGACCAAGUCUCGGAUCCCAUCCGGCAUCGAACCUGAACUCGAACCAAGAAGAAUUGACCGAUGAGCUCUCGCAGAUGGCUUCUCAACUGAAGAAGAACGUCCACCAUUUCAACAAACUCUUGGCUGACGACCAGGCCAUCCUGCUCGCUAACCAAACCAAACUGGAGCUCAACUCGGACAGCAUGAAUAAAGAAGGCGGCAGAUUGACUCAAGUUAGUCUCAAGAGCCGUAGCAUGACUUGGUUCACGAUCGCCGCCGUCUGUGUCGUCGCUAUUUCCUGGAUCCUCAUGUUCAUCAUCAUCAGACUCACUUAA